CCUUAUCAGGCUAUAUAUAUCUGGGCAACUUGUUUCACAGAUGCUCAAAGAAACUUGCACAGUUUGAGAAAACAGAAAGGCGAAAAUAAUCAAAAUGAAGAUUCAAAUCACAGCUCUGGUUCUUUUGGUUGCAACACUGGUUGCUUGUGAUGCUGUCCCUUUGGAAGAAGAAACCAGUUCCUCAUCUGGGCCUAUUGAUUCUAUAAGAACAUUUGCACAGGGACUGGUUGAUUCUGCAAAACGUGUUAUUCAAGAUCUGAGUACCAAUCCCACAAUUCAAUCGGGCAGGGAAUGGAUUUCGACUCGUUUAGAACAGGUGCCUCAAUUAAUCCAAGCUAAACGAGAAGAACUAUCUCAGGCAUUUCAGCAGUUUACUGGACAAGAUAGUGAACAAUAAAAGUCCGAUUUCCAUUAAUUGUAUUCUGUGACAUUUAUGUUUUACUCAAAAAAAUAAAAGUCUGAAAAUUC